UCGAAUUAAACAAAUUCAAAAUAAUCAAGAUACAUCUCAUAAGAAAACUGAUGCACUUGAAAUGUGGGAAAUUGAAACUAUUCUUAAUUUACUAAAUAUGCAAACUGAUAUACCAAAAGUAGCAGAUAUUUUAUUAUAUCAAUCUAAAAGACCAAAAGAUUGUAAAACUCCUGAGUUUUUUUUAAGGAUUAAUACUUCACAAAAAAUAUAUCAUGGAAAUUGGUUCUGUGAUUCUACACUUGGAAAACAUUCUUAUGAUAAUAUGCUCAUAAAUAUUAUUGCUGAUUGUAAAUUGAUGCAAAGGGAUGAAAUCUUGUCAAUAAUUCAAUGCGUUCAACUGGAAUAUCUUUAUGGAUGUUACUUGGUAUAUCUCAUGCAGAACAGAUGGAUAUUACAGGACACAGGAACUUGCUGGCAUUUCUUCAUAUUCAACUUCAACUGUUCAACAAAGAAAAAAUAA